GGUGGUGGAUGGGGACGAGCUCUGCCUCGGCUCCGAAAAGACGAGAGAGAGAAAAAGUACUUUCAAAACGACUGAAAACUCAGCUUCUGAAAGGGCUACGGAAACCAAAAAAAAACCAACCAAAACAAACGAUUCUUUUCUUUUUGAGCGAUAUUGGAGCCAUCGGACACGACCAGGUUUUCGGGGACAAAGUGUAACUCGACCACAAUAGCCGUUAAGCCGAACUGUACGUGUUAAUGGCAACGAGGUAGCGUAUGUCGAAUUGGUAUUUUUUUCCAAAAAAGCCAAACAACAUCUCUGAACCGGACAAGGGCGGAUGUUUGACUUCAGAGAGUCUACUAGUAGCCAGAGGAAGGCCAACCCCACGCCAAGCAGGAGCCAAACAUGAUGUGAACGGCAACAAGACUGUUCCACCUUUCCCAGAGGGGACUGAGAUGGUCAUGUUCGGUAUGGGCUGUUUCUGGGGAGCGGAGAGGAAGUUGUGGAUGCAAAAUGGGGUUUAUUCCACCCAAGUGGGCUACUCGGGAGGGUACACAUCCAACCCCACCUACAAGGAAGUCUGCACAGGAAGGACCGGCCACAACGAGGUGGUGAGAGUCGUCUUCCAUCCAGAGAAGAUCAGCUUUGCCAACCUGCUCAAAGUUUUCUGGGAAAGCCAUAACCCGACUCAAGGGAUGCGACAGGGGAACGAUAUUGGGACGACAUACCGCUCCGCCAUCUACACCUACACAAAGCAGCAUCUCGAGGAAGCUUUGGCCUCCAAAGAUCAAUACCAGAAGGUACUGACAGAGGACGGUUACGGUCCGAUCACAACAGAAAUAACCGAAGCCAAGCCGUUCUACUACGCCGAGGAUUACCACCAACAGUACCUGAGUAAAAACCCUGAUGGAUACUGUGGUCUGAAAGGGACAGGGGUCUCCUGUCCAAUAGGAAUCAAGAACAAGGCAUAAGAUAGCCAAUGACAGCCAGUAAGGACGCAAACUUAUAACAUGCUUACAGAUUCAAAAAGCUUUACGUUUUAAAUAUAUAAACAUCAAAUAAGUAGAUAAUUUUUUUUCAUAUCUUUUCUACUUUAGUCUAAUUUUGAUAAAUGGGAAAGCUUUGAAAUGUAAAUUUCUGUCUGAUGUAACAGGAACAUCUUUCUCUUUGCUAAUAGUGGAGAUACCAGUGCCUCAAAACGUAUGUGUAUUGCGGUUCUGUGCAUUGUGAGAAGGCUUCACACAAAAUAUACUCCCAGACAUAAGCAGUACAAUUUUAAUAUGUUAGAUAAAGUGUCUAUAAUGUAACACCGGAGAGAGAGAGAGAGAGAGAGAGAGAGAGAGAGAGAGAGAGAGGGGGGAGAGAGAGAGAGAGAGAGAGAGAGAGAGAGAGAGAGAGGUUAGUAGAAUGACCAGAAUAAAAUCUAGUGAAACUCCCACACAGUCUCAGCACAAACACGCAGUUUUAUUUUGUUGAAAAUAAUGUCUCUGUUGCUCGGUUUGCUUUAUAAGUGAUGAUUGUUUAAGAUGGGUUUGCUUUGGGUUUUCUUUUUAAAAGUUUGUAGAGCACUUAAACAAAAAUGAACAUGUCAUACUAUAAAAAUACUACAACAUUUGGAAUGCAAAUACUUGAACUGUGAGGUUGCCUGAAAUGUAAUUGACAGUAAGUUUUGCCUUUCCUGUAAUAUUUUUAUUUCAAUAUCGGCCUGCUACGUAGUCGCGUUAAUGCACGUAGCACAAGCAUUCGUCCAUGCAUCCUCUUGCAUUAACUGUGUAUCUGAAUUGAGUCGGCCUACGCUGUUUUGACCUGGGUCAUAAUGGCGGGACUUGUAGAGCCUGAUGUUUUCUGAGGCGGUCCGUUAAAGAAACGUUGCUGUAGUGGAAUUAAACACAAUAAAAACUUCUUAAAUCAUA